CAGAACGAGCUCAGGAAUGGUCAGGGUUUAACUGUUCUUGCCUCCUUUCAGCUCCGAACACUCUGGGUGAGUAACUCGAAUCCCGUUUCUGUGUUUGUUUUCAUUCCGUGGAAUGUAAAGUCCCAGAUCUGUGUCGUGUUAAGCGGGAAGCACUCGUAGCUAUUGAUUUUUACUAGUCCAGCCCCUGCAGCCUUAAUACGUGAGGGAGCUAAGCCGUGUUCUUUGCGGCCAGGGAAGGGAUCAGGGAGAGCUUCCAAUGGCACCCAUGUGACGGGCUGACGAGGGCGAGCCUUGGCUGCGGGCCAGCCCUGCUCCCAGCGAUCCGUGUUGCUCGGCUUUAUCCGUGGCCAGGGCUUCGCUUCUGCCUACGGCCGCUGCUUCUCACAGGGGGGGUUUGGUAUGCAGCAUUCCUUGGUUUGGCUUUGUGCCAGGAUCCCCUUCUGGGUGGGAUCCAUCAGCCCAGGUCUCCGGAGUUGUUACUGACCCCUGUCAGUGCUCGGAGGCUCCCGCCUUCUGAGGAUACACGUGUCCCCCCUUCUGCUGUUUCCACUGGGAUUUCAGCUUCUUUGCAAACUUAACCCUGAAAUGUAGCAUUCCUUCCAAGGAUUGCCAGGGAGUAUUUGGAGCUGGGUAGGGAGGCUGGUCGCAGGAAUACCCUGUAAGUGGUGUGAGACCAAGUGCUUCACUGCUCCUCUCCUGUAAGGAAUGCUCCCACCUCUCACUUUAAAGGGUAUCACAACUAAAUGACCAAGUCUGAUCCCAGCAGUUGGAUAAUCUGUAUGGCUGGGAACUCCUGAACUCAUCCUUUUUAUUUCUUUCCAGUUGACUUUUUAAUUUUAGUUUUAGAGAGAUCCAGGGCUGUGAUGGAAACACUGCAGUGUGUGGGGUGCUUACAGUGGUGAUGCUGUGCAGGUUUGGGCUGGCACAAGCACAGGCCUCUGAAGCCCCAGAGCUCUCCCAACUGUCCUCUCUACCUUCUCCAUUUCAGCUGAUUUUUUUGGGGGAGUUUUGAUCUUAGCUCAUUACUUUGGACCAGCUGGGGCAGCGAGGGGCACAGAAGAGAAGCCCACUAGAAGCUCAGGCAUGGAAAUGUCAAGGUUUCCAUUAAUUUCUUUGGCUGUAGAGAUUGUAACUAUUUUUAAGGCUGACUAGAACAAGAUGAAGAAUUAGGGCAGCUCGAUUCACGGACCCUGGGUCCUUGCAGGAACGUUCGGCUGGUUUUCCAGUAGAAGCUUGCAGUAGCAGGGGGUGAAUGUGACCUUGGACCUUGCCUGAAGUGUUCCCUGGGAACGAAUUUACCUGUCCUGUUCUUAAAGUUCUCCCAUUUUUAAAAUGGCACCCCAAGGCAGAUGUGCCCCACCAGGUCUGUGCGCAGCAGGUUGGGCACAUGGAUUUAGGAUCGAUGUGGUCGUUGGUUCUGUCAGGAUGGGAAGGGCUGGUUCACAGCCAGGGCAGGACAUGGCUCUGGGGAGCUGGAGAUGGAUUAACCGAGGUACAAAGAGCAGGAUACACAGAAGGAUAACUGCUACUCUGGCUUCUACUGGACAGCCUGUCCAAACUGAGCGCUCGUCACGCUUGCCAGCGGAGAAAUGACAUUCUUCUGGCACAGCCCUCCUUCUCCUUGUGCCUCUGGCAGCAUCCUGCAGUGCUGCGGAGGGAGCUGCUCCUCUGUGGGGAAUGGUGGUGCCACGCAAAGCCACCUUCACACUGGAGCUUCCCAGCUGCUGCUUCCCUUUCCAGAAGAGGGGGGGCAUUUCCCUGCCCGAGAGGUGGCAGCGGCACCAGAGGCCGUAGCUAACCAAGAGAGUUUUCUUUACAUACCUGUAGCUGUUGAUGACUUUUCUGUUUUGAAGUUAGUUUGUGUCUUGACGUGUCCCUUGCAAUAUCCCUAUCGUUAUAUAUGCUGUGUGCCUUAUGAAAUGCUGGGAUCUGGAAAAUCCAACCACCGACGCACCGUCGUCUCUCCACCUUUGAAUGACCACACAAAAUGCCGUCUCGGGGGGCGGUGUGUACAGAGAAGCCAACAGAGCAGUAAGCGCAGCAGGAGCGUGGAAGAUGACAAGGAAGGUCACCUGGUGUGCAGGAUCGGCGAUUGGCUUCAAGAGCGAUAUGAAAUUGUCGGCAGCCUUGGUGAAGGCACUUUUGGCAAAGUGGUGGAGUGUGUGGACCAUGCCAGAGGCAAAUCACAGGUGGCACUGAAAAUCAUAAAAAACGUUGGAAAAUACCGAGAAGCAGCCAGGCUCGAAAUCAACGUCCUGAAAAAAAUCAAAGAGAAGGACAAGGAGAAUAAAUUCCUGUGUGUCCUGAUGUCAGACUGGUUCAACUUCCACGGCCACAUGUGCAUUGCCUUUGAGCUUCUGGGCAAGAACACAUUUGAGUUCCUGAAGGAGAACAACUUCCAGCCAUACCCUCUCCCUCAGAUCCGGCACAUGGCCUACCAGCUCUGCCAUGCCCUAAGAUUUCUACAUGACAACCAGCUGACUCACACUGACCUCAAGCCGGAAAACAUCUUGUUUGUCAACUCGGAUUUUGACACUCUGUACAAUGAGAAUAAGAGCUGUGAGGAGAAAUCCAUCCGGAACACGAGCAUCCGCGUGGCAGACUUCGGCAGUGCCACCUUUGAUCACGAGCACCACACCACCAUCGUGGCUACCCGGCACUACCGUCCCCCAGAAGUGAUUCUGGAGCUGGGCUGGGCACAGCCAUGUGAUGUCUGGAGCACUGGCUGCAUUCUGUUUGAGUAUUACCGUGGCUUCACGCUCUUCCAGACCCAUGAGAAUCGUGAGCAUCUUGUCAUGAUGGAAAAAAUCCUCGGGCCGCUUCCAUCUCACAUGGUCCACAAAACUCGGAAGCAGAAAUACUUCCACAAUGGCAACCUGGUAUGGGAUGAGAACACAUCCGAUGGGAGAUAUGUCCAGGAGAACUGCAAGCCCCUGCGGACAUACAUGCUGCACGACUCGCUGGAGCAUGCCCAGCUCUUCGACCUGAUGAGGAGGAUGUUGGAAUUUGACCCUUCCCGCAGGAUCACGUUCUCGGAAGCCCUCCUGCAUCCCUUCUUUGCUGGCCUCUCUGCAGAGGAGAGGAUGCUGUGCGGGCGAGGCACCAGCCGGGACCUGAGCAGAUGACGGCCGGGAUCUGUAGGCAUGGAUCAGUCUGGCCUCUGCAGCUCAGCCCCCCUCUUCUCCCCGAGUCCAGAGGGGCUGGGGCACUGCCACAAGGACCCUGCGGAGCAGAGGGGGAAGGAAAGCUCCAUCGGAAAGCACAGAUUUGUCUAUUUAUAUGUUGUAAAGUUAAAAUAAAGUGUUUCUUAUUGUUUGAUA